GCAGAGGCUGCCGAAGGGGAGGAAGCAGCGAGGAGCCACCGAGCGGAGGCUGCUGUCAACUCCCAGAUGCUGGGCCUCCUGGGGAGCACGACCCUCGUGGGCUUGAUCAUAGGCGCUGCUGUGGCUAUUCUGCUGCUGCUGCUGCUGGCCGCCUGCUUGUACUGUAGACAGGAGGAGCCUGACGUGGAGAGGAACCACCCUGCUGCAAGGAGAAACCGAGUCCGGUGGGCCCAGCCUCCGAUCUCCUCAGGCCGGGGCCACCUGGGACGCUUGCACCAUUUCCGUUAUUCUGGCCGUGUGCCUCACAUGCCCCAUGCGACCCUCCAUCACCACCAUCACCUCACCCACCACCAUGCCCACCGUGCCCACCACGCCCACCAGGCCCAGCGAGGCCGCCGCUGAUGCCUGAAUGGCAGCCUGCCCCACCAUCACCAGGAUGCGGGGACCCCGAGGUUCCCGUGCAGAAGGGCACCUCUCAGCGGUGAACGUCGGGACCUGCUUGGGCUUCAUUCGCCUACUGUGCCCCGCCAGUGUGCUACGGAGGCGGAGAACUGAAGAGCACCAGGGGUGGCCCUGCGCACACCGGAGGGUGAUGGGGCUGAGAGCAGGGGUGGUGGUGGUCCUUCGGGGGCGGACGCCACCUUGUGACUGUAAGUCCCAACGGGCACCAGAAGUGACGGCCAGUCUGGUGCAGGUGCACAGGGGUGUGGGGAUGCACAGAAGGUGUACCCUGCUCUCUCCGAACAGCCAGGCCUCUGGCCAGGGCGGUAGCUGGGAGGCGCCCUGGUAACGCCCUUUCAUUUGCAGAAGGCAGUUUGAGGCUGCACAGUCAAGUCAAUGGUGCCUUAAUACAAGAAAAGAAAAACCACUAAGAAGCUUUUGUGAAGAGGCUCUUGAUUGUAACUCAAGUGGGAGGGAGGGAGCGGCCAGCCCUGUGUCUGCCUCGCCCUGGACCUUCCUCUCCGGUGGGAACGAGUGCCUGGUGCGGGCCCUGCAGCGGGGGUGAUUGGGCGGCUCUGCAGGGCUCCGAGGACAGUAGCCCUCUGCAUCCAGGGAGUCUUGAGCUCACAUCUUUCAGGACAGCACUUCUUCCAGAGCUGCCAGGGGAGU